CCCAGUGCUCAGUAACAGCCAGACCUGAUCCGUCCUCCCAUUCAUAAGCCACGGUGGGACAGGCUGCCUCGCAUCCGUCCGAGUGGAAGCGGAGAGACAGACGCCUUUCAAGUGACUCUUCCCCAGUCCGAGGUGAAGCAGCACAGCGGACCGGGGCUCCACCGAACAUCGGAGGGGAAGCUUUUCUCUUGGUGCAGCACACCUAGGAUGGAAGUCUAAGCGCCCGCCGGCUACCCCCAUGACCUCCAGAAGACACUACUCCUUGCCACGAACUCUAAUGACUCCUCGCUUGUACUCCGAAGGGGCCCUGUGCGGCAUCGCCCAAAUCACGCCCUUCCUAUACCUCAGCAAGGGCAGCGUGGCCUCCAACCGGCAGCUGCUUUUAGCCCGCGGCAUCACCUGCAUCGUCAAUGCCACCAUCGAGCUCCCCAACUACAACUUCCCCGAGUUCGAGUAUGUCAAAGUGCCUGUGGACGAUAGGCCCAACGCCCCCAUCUCCCUCUACUUUGACAGCGUGGCCGACAAGAUCCAAAGCGUGGCCCGGAAGCACGGAGUCACCCUGGUCCACUGCGCGGCCGGCGUGAGCCGAUCGGCCACCCUCUGCAUCGCGUACUUGAUGAAAUACCAGAACGUCACCCUGUACGAGGCUUACAACUGGGUGAAGUCGAGGCGCCCAGUCAUAAAUCCCAACGUGGGCUUCUGGCGACAGCUUAUUGACUACGAGCGGGAGCUCUACGGCAGAAACACCGUCAAAAUGGUACAGACUCCCUAUGGCAUCAUGCCAGAUGUUUACAUGCGGGAAAGACGAACCUACGUGCCUUACUGGGGGAUCUAAA